AUGUUGGAAUCUAAUGAAACAUUAACUCAUUUAUGGUUAGAAUCAAAUAAAAUAACUGAUCAAGGUUUAGAACUAUUAUGUCAAGUGCUUAUGCAAAAGAACAAAACUUUACAAGUACUUUCACUUGAAUGGAAUAAAUUUCGAAAUGAUACAAGUGUUACCAUUCUUGUUGAUAUGAUUCAAAAAAAUCAAUCAUUAACAAUAUUGAAUUUGGAAAACUGUAAACUACCUAAAUCUGGUAUCAAAAAAUUAAAAUAUUUAGCAAAGACAAAGAAAAAUUACGAAUUACUCAUGUCACUGUAA